AUGUUUACAAAAAUUAUCCUAGUCGCUACACUCCUAGCUGUGGUGAGCGCGCGGCCGCAACACGGUCACGACUACCACCACGGUCACGGUCACGCUGUGUCAUCGCAGAGCAUCGUACUGCACCAAACUCACGAGAGCAAGCACGAGCCCGUACACCACGAGGAACAUCAUGAGGAGCAGCACGAGCAGCACCAGGAGGAGCAUCACCACGGACACCACGAGGAACACCACGGCCACGCCUCCUCCUCACAGAGCAUCAAACAGCACCACGGCAAAGCCACAGAGAAACACGUCGAGUACUAUUCUCACCCUAAGUACGAGUUCGCGUACAAAGUGGAGGACCCUCACACCGGCGACAAGAAGUCGCAGCACGAGGCGCGCGACGGCGACGUCGUGAAGGGCGUGUACAGUCUGCACGAGCCUGACGGUACCAUCAGGAUUGUGGAGUACUAUGCUGACAAGAAGACCGGAUUUAAUGCCAAUGUGAAGCGGGAGGGCCAUGCCAAACACAUCAUCCCUGAACAUCAUCAUCACCACUAA